CGUAGAUAACUUAUAUGUUACUUCCUGUUUUGAUGUCGACAGCGAAUUCAACAAAACAAACUGGACGGGAGGAGGCACCCCUGGUUAACUGUCAAGUGUGUCUGUUUGCUCCAAUAUGGCGACAUUUACAACAUACGGAACGGCAUUAGUGUUUUCAGCACAAAAAUAUUUUUUCUUGCGUUGAAGAGUUAUUUGAAUGUGGUAAGAUAUGGCCGAAGUAAGCGACGCCGCAGAUCCGGAUACCGUUUCCGCUCAACAUUUUAUAGAGUGUGAGUUGUGCUGCAAGACAGUGUCACUCCACUGCACAAUUUGCAAAAGUGAUCUGUGCGGUCAAUGCGUGGGCAUCCACAUUAACUCCAUGGCAACUCAAGAGCACAAUAUCGUAUCGUAUAGGCGAAGAGCAUUUACACCUCAACUGCCAUCAUGCUCUACUCAUGAUAGUGAAAAGUGCGAUUUGUUCUGCUCAAAAUGUAACGUUCCAAUUUGCGUUACUUGCAUAACACUUCAGCAUAAAGCUCAUCCUGCCACCAAACUAGAAGUUCAAUGCGAUUUUAAAAAGAAACAAAUAGAAGAUGAAUGCAAACACCUCAAAAAUGAUUUAUGCAAAAAUAUUAUAGAAAGUAUUGCUCAUUUGCAAAAAAAUAUUGAAGAGGUAAAGAAGAUAUAUGACAAUGCGCAAGAUGCAGUAUUUCAAAAGGGGACGGAAUGGCACAAAAAAGUUGACAAAAUUGUACAAGAAUUCUCACAACAAGUUACUGAUAUGAAAAAUCGGGAUAUUGCUCUUCUAGAGAACAGUAUUGAAGAAAUCAAAGGCCUUUUGAAGGCGUUAAAUGUGCAUCGUGAACAAGUGAACAAAUUAACAACAGCUAUGAAAUUAAAAGAUGUUCUUGAUUAUGAAUUGAGAGAUCUUAAAUGCAUGCAAUUUUAUCGUCCCUACCUUUCUAUGCCUUCGUAUGAUUUAAGUGAACAACAAAUGAAGUUUAUGUCGAUGGCAUUCGGAAGUCUUCGUUCAAACAUUCCACAAAACUUAAAAGUGUUUUCUUCUGACAUAGAAAAUUUGCGAAAUAUUUGCAGUAGAGUAGUGCUAUGCCAGUCAAUUGAAACACAUCUUGACACAAUUUGCAGUCUUGCUUCUCCCAUUGAAAGUACUGUAUGGGUAAAUGGUGAAGAUAAAACCAUUAAUUUGAUCGAUUCUGGAAAGGUAAUAAAAAAAAUCGAGACAAAGUCUGGAACUAGACCAAUCAAUUUAGCGAUAACAAGACAAGGUUUCUUGGUUUACGCAGUAUAUGACCAACAUCAGAGCAAUGUAUGCAUAGUCACAAAAAACAAGACGGACCAAGUUAUUACGUUCAAUGACUGGAAACCAGUUGGAAUAUGCUGCACAAGAAAUGAUGAAUUUCUGGUUUCUAUGGAAAGCAAAGAUGAAACUCAAAUCAAAAUCGCUCGCUUUUCGGGCGACUUCAAAAUAAUUAAGGAGAUUCAGUAUGACGAAAAUCACCAGCCACUCUAUGCACCUGGAAAAUACUAUGUUUUUGUGGAAGAAAACCAAAAUAUGGAUAUCUGUGCGUCGGAUCCAAACAAAAAUCAAGUAGUUGUCACUGACAAAGACGGCCUUCUUCGAUGGCGAUACAAUGGCAAUUUGGAAAAGGGAAAGUUUAAAUCAUUUUCUCCGAGUUUUAUCGCUGCAGAUAGCCACAGUAAUCUUCUAGUGAUGGACACGGAUAAUGACUGUGUUCAUCUCUUGGAUAUGAAUGGUAUUUUUAUUACAUUUAUCACACAUCCCAAAAUUCAGGGAAUAGGUGCCAUGAGCCUGGAUAGAAAUGAUAAACUGUGGAUUGCAAACUACAAAGGUGGACAGAUCAACGUGUUCAAGUAUCUCCAGUAAACAUCUGUUUUCCAACGAUUACAAACAAAAUCGUAUUUAAUAAUUUUGUUUGCUUCCUCGAGUGUCUUAAAAACAUUUUAUAAAACAAAUUCAAGUCAAAAUCAAUUGGAGGACAAUAACUUUCGAUAAUCAAUUAACGUAGCAGUUCAACAAGGGUUGAAAGACUCAGUAUUAUAAUAGCUUGUAUUACAGUAACUUAAAAAUCAGAGGGUUUUUUAUGAUUUUGACAACAUUGCUACUAUUUUAGCUGAAAAAAAUUCAAAUUUAGUGUAAUCAUCAUUAUUGUCUAGAAUGAUUUAUCUUAAAUGUUUCUAAUUGUGAGUAAAAAAUGUCGGUUUUCACCAUGAUGUACAAUCAACUCACUAACCUCGUUUAAAACAGAAUUUUAUAUUGUUCAUAUUUCAAAUAAACGAACUGAACUGAU